UCGAGCACCUCCCACGCGCGCUCGCAACAGCCGGGAGAGCCAGAGUGCGUGCGUCUCUAACUUUGUUUUUUUUUUGGAGGGGGGACUAGUAUUAAGAUCUCCAGCUGCCGUUUUCUCACGUUUGGAGGCUUUUUUUCUCGCAAUAUUUUGGCACUUCACUACCCAUAAUCCAACCUUUCCUAUAGACUAACACUGUGGUUUCCUUUCCAGUCCAAACUCGGACCUUGAUCCACCCCUGACUAUCACCCCGUAGACAACCCAGCAUAAACACACAUCAGCAAACAUCCAUCAGGACUGUCACCUACCUAAAGCUGAAACAUUCUGCACCAUCAGCCAGCGAGAGAGUUACGUGGACAGCUACUGAAGAAGCCUGUGAGAUAUAUAUAUAUAAGUGGUCUGAUCAAAAGGGCAACAACCAGCAGACAAGUUAGCCAGACACAAGAGCAGCCAUGUUGAUCAUCUUAGCCUUCAUCAUCCUCUUCCAUGUGGCUGCGGCCAUCCUCCUCUUCGUUGCGACCAUUCACAAUGCGUGGUGGCUGGUGGCGCCACCCGGACGCGAGCUGAUCUACACUGACCUGUGGUACACCUGUAACUCCACCUGCGCUCCUGUGAUGAACAGCCAUACUGUUGAAGCAGCCUACCUGCAGGCCAUCCAGGCCACUAUGAUCCUGGCAACCAUUUUAUGUUGUGUCAGCUUCUUUGUGUUCAUCCUUCAGCUCUUCAGGCUCCAACAGGGAGAGAGAUUCAUUUUCACCGCUAUCAUUCAGCUAUUGGCCUCUCUGUGUGUGAUGAUUGCAGCGUCCAUCUAUACAGCUCAGAAAGAUAGCUUUCACAAGCAGGUGGGCCUUAAGGAAGGCUCUUACGGCUCCUCCUACGUCCUGGCCUGGAUCAGCUUCCCGAUGACUCUCAUCAGCGGCCUCAUGUACCUGGUGCUCAGGAAGCGCAAAUAGAUGCGAGGGGCUUGUCGCAUGGGCACGCAGAUAUAGAUAGAAAUACACAGCUUGGACACAAAUGCAGAAAGACAUACCCUACACUUUCCCUCAACAAACACGCAAGCACACAUUAUCUUUCUAACCCUUAGAUUUUAUAAUACCAUCGGGGGACAUGCUUUGUUCUUCUGUUUUAAUGCUUGACAGCAACUGGAAAUGUUAAAGAUGAGAAAUGUACCACAAUUCAUAUUCGAUCUGUCGCAAUCCAUGAUUUGACUUUCAAUUUUUGAAUUUUGAAUUUUGAACUAAUCAUUGGGUUUAUGUCCUGAAAACUGUCGUUUACAUUUACAAAUUCAUAUAUAAAAGAUAAUUUACAUGGUGGUAACUGUGAUAUGCAUAGAUGGAAUGUACCACGCUGAGGCCAUAUGGCCAAAUUUAAAUCUUUUUAAUCAAUUUUCACCCCUAUCUGCAAUUCCUGGUUUGGAAAUAAUCUGACGUUUGCCAUCUAGAUAGAUCUAUUUACAUGAAAUUAAGGUCAAAUCUACUCGACGCUGCAUUCAUCCGUCACUCACUACUUCCUGCGUUUACUGAGAACUUUCUACACUUUCUCUUAGCCAGGACAUGAGCAUCAUUUGUCUCCUCCUCUUACGUCAUUGUCUCCUGCUUCCCGCCGACUCCAUUCAUAGGAAUCAGUCUGAAACAUCUGAUCACGAAGGAUAACAGUUAAAGACAAGCGGGCAGAUUUGUCUUAACUUGGACAUGUUGACUUUCCAAAGGGUGCAUACUUUGUUUUUGUGAAUCUAUAAUCAACUGAAUUUAUUUUGUACAUAUUUGCUGUGUAUGUAUAGUUAAGGUAAUUGCCUAAAGCUUAUUUCUGAGACUGAAAUACUAAAAUGAUAUAUAUAAAAAGAAGAAAAUAGAGAAUCUUAUGUUAACCGUAGCUUACAGGAAGUGUAGUGAAGCAGUAGUUGAGGUAUAAUAUGUAGGAUUUUAAAACCCCGUGGUUUGUAUUCUUAUGUUACUGACUUGUGUUUUAACGGUGAAAAAGGAACCAAUGAUGUGCUGUGAUGUUUGAAAUUUUAAAUUACAACGUAGAAACAUGCAAACUUGAAAUAAGAACGAACUUUUUCUUUUUUUUUGUUAUUAUUGUGCUUUUUUUUUUGUUCACAGCUUCACUGAGAAAAAAGACGAAAGCUAUUUAUUGUUUUAAAACCACUGUUGUGUAUUUUAGCAUCAUGUGACUGAGGAUGUAUGAAGUAAUCAAGUCUUGCCAUGUUUUUCCCUCUCCGGCUGGGUUACUGUUUAUUUGGUUCAUUACUGAAACAUCUCAAACAGCCCAAUGCACAUCAUGCAUCUAACUAAAUUAGUUACUGUAUUCCACUGAUCCCACAUAGCUCUGUAUAAACAGGUCUUCUUUUACCUUGGAGUUGGUUCGAGGACGUUGGAACAGUUAAAGUAGAGCACCUGGGUAUUAACUUUGCAGUCGCUAGGACUUGGAAGAUUUCUAGGAAGUGUCCAGUACAACUCGGACUUGCUGGCUCCUUCAGAGGUGCACUGGAUUGUUUUGUGAUAGAUAUAUUUUCAUUGGACCACAGAGCCAGGUAACUUACUCUCUCACCAUUUUAAAAGAUUCAGGGAAAAAGACAUGGAAAUGAAGAGGUUGCUCUGCUAUCUCAAGGUGAUACUUAAAAAAAAGAUCAAAACAACAUAUCGGAGGCCAAGAUUGUGAUGUUUGUUUUUGUGAAAUUGUCAUCUUAAGAGUGUUUUACUUAAUAAUAAGCCUCCUGUUUGCAUGCAAGUUUUUGUCUUUCAGCAAAUCCCUUUAACUUAUAUUGAAAUGAAAAUUAAGUUAUUGCAGUAAAAAAAAAAGGCUGAAAAAUUCAUUUCUUUUUGUGAAGUACUGUUUAUUAUUGAUGUUGUAAAGUUUGGAUCUAUUUGGUUUAACUUUGUUGGUUUCAAAACAGAUCUAAAUUUAAAAUAAACCAAGUACUUGAACUUCAGUUCAGCCACAGAAACCACAAGAAUCACUUCGAAGAGUUGAGUCAUGAGAGACGCUUUGGAAAUCGGAAAUGUUUUUGUUUAUGGUCGUGAUCAUUUUUCUGUAGUGUGUUUUAUGUCAUUGUACAGGUAGAUGUACUGUAUCUUAGUUCAUGUAGAUCUAUACAAAUCACCACAGGACCAUAGCAACAAGCAAUCAUAUGAGUUGUUGAAGCCAAAACUGUAUUCAUGGGGAUUUGUUUUUGCUUUUCUUAACAUUUUUUUGUUGCAGUUCAAAUAUUUCGAAUGCUUCAUGAAGUAUUAAUUCCACACUGAUUGAGAGUCCUGUGUUGCGUAAUGGAGACCUGUUGAAAUGGUUUUUAAGAACUCAAACAACAACAAAAAACUGUUAUAUAUAUCUCUGCAUAGGAUUCAUUCAAACAUUUUGUAUGUAUGGCUAACAUGUCAUGUUAAAUUGGAGUGUUUCUGCUUGUCACAGGCUCUUUUGCUUUCACUGUUUUAGGCAAAUUAAAUAACAACAUGCUAUUUAUUUUAAACCUCUGUCGCAUCAUCCAUGGCAGUUUCUGUAAUCUGUAAAAUAUCACUGUUUUCAUGCACUCGUGUCAUCAUAACUUAAAAUGCUUAUCUGCUGCUGACACCCAGUGGACUGAUAGAAAACUACACAAUGUGUAGGUGAUAGUUUUAUAGUUUCAGCCUCCUGUCAAGCACUCCUGGAAAGAAUAAACUAGUUUCUGCUUGGUGAAUCCUGUGCCUCUAAUCUUGGGCUCCCCUGCAACGAUUUACCGGUGCUUAUCCACCCCGCACUCUGUUUCCAACACCCAUCAGAUGUAGAUCUCAAUAAAUGUAUUUUACAAUAAAUAAAUUUUCUUUGUGUGUGCCAAA